AUGCGUAGCAGACCAUUGACGUGCGUCACUGUCACCAACCCCGAUCCCAUUGAACCGCAUCUCCCUCUAUUGUGUGUGUUAUUCCUCUCGCCUUGCUUCCCUUCUAUUUUUUUUCUUUUUCCUCCCCAUGUUGUAGGAAGACAACAGGCUACGCAGCACGGUAAUAAUUGGGCGGCGAAUAUGGUCACGGGAUGGGCGGUGAUGAUGGCGGCGGCGCGGCAAGGGCCGGGUUUGCAUAAGGAAACGGGCUGUUGUGGUGGCAUCCCACUUUUGGGGUGGCGACUUUCCACGUAUGCGCUCUACCUCGUUUUGCUGCUGCUUCUUCUCCCGCAGAGCGGAGUUGGGCAGGCUGCAUGCCCCGAGAUUGAAGUAAAGGUUUUAACCCUCAAUGUGACGGAUUCCCCAAUGCCCACAUACAUUGCGGAAUCACUUUACCACGGAUUUGUUGCGGCAUUAUGGUCGCGUAAUUACAUUUUUGGGGAGAAUGUACGUGUGACCCUCAUCAAUAAAUCGACCACGAUGGCUGAAUCCGGUAAGGCCAUUGAAGAAGCUUUGAAUGCUGAUCCUGAUAUUUUUAUUCUUGCUAAUGUCAUUGGUGAUGCGACCUUGCAGUACUAUUUGCCUGUCAUUACGAAUCGAAAAAUUGUUUCAUUUGCCCCAUUUACCGGGUCGACGUUGGUACGGCAGUGGAACGAACAUCUGUACUUUGUGCGUGCUGAUCCAUUGGCCGAGCUUUUUGCACUGAUCCGCUACGCCUUGGCCCAACUACGGGUGCGUCGGCUGGGCUUCAUGUAUCUAGAGGAUGUUUCUUUCGGUGAUGAGGAGUACUACGAAACGAAAAAAGUGAUGACGCGUUUUGGCUACAAUUUGAGCGGUGUCUUCACUUUGAAGAGCUCCUUGACUCAUGAGGCCGAAAACUCAGUGUUCGACGCUGCGUGGGAAGCGUUUGCGAAUACUAUGCCGCAGGCCGUGAUUGUGUUUGGAUCACCGAUAAAAGACACCGCGAAAUUCAUUCAGAGGAUGUUGACGGACAAUCGCACCGCUGGCGCUUACCUGCUUGUUCCCUCGGCGGUGCAGGACAUCACUGUCGAAACGUGGCGUUCUGCUGUGGCUGGUGGUAUUAAGUUUGUGUCUGGGCAGGUGAUCGCGACGGGGACGAACCCGCUGGCGGAGGAUAUUCAUUACGCCGCUAUCCAGCGCUUUCAGGGGGUGAUGCGGAGCUACAUGGAGAAUUUUUUGCCGGAAAGCAGUAGUCUUCGCAAGAACUUCCCCGACGAUGAUAUUGCGGGCGAGAUGAUGGUUGCAGGGUGGAUAGCGGGCGAGAUACUUUCACAGGCUUUGAACAACCGCGAGUGGCUUAAGGACAUUAAUACGUUUUUGGCUUCUCUGUUCAACCAACGCCGUUAUAUGGUCGACAACCUUGUGAUUGGCGACUACGGAGGCAGUUGCCAAGGGGUGGCUGAGUCAGAGGGCGCCAUGUGUUACUGCAACCAAGGUGGCCGGACCGUGUACAUGAAAAAGUUUGUGGAGGGAUACCGUACCGACUCGCUGGUUGACGGAACAAUCUCAUUCUGGAUAUGGCAGUGUAUCCCCUCGGAGGAAGUAAUUGUCCCUCCUUUGAACGGGGUUGCCUUCUUCAUGUCGGAUAGUCCCGAUGCCAUUCUGGCACUUCGAGUUUUUGGGGUGGGUGUGAGAGCUGCCCUUUCAAAAACCACUUCUAGUAAGCGUUUUGAGUUCUUACUAACGCUUGUGAAUACUACUCUGGAUGGGGCUGCCGGUGCGCUUGCGUCAGAACUGAAGGUGAAAUUGCUUGAUAUUGUUGGUGCCGUGGUGACGAAGGAAAUGCUGGAAGUGGAGGAUGUGGCGUUCAUCAACCCUCUGUACCUUCAGCCGCGUAUUAGCAGGUUCAGGAAAAACGUGAUUCGCCUGUCGCCGACGCUGGAGCAGCAGUUCUUUGUGAUUGCGAGGUACCUCGGGAACACGAGUGACGGUUCGGCGCACGCUGUGAUUCGCAGCGACGAUGGAGCCACGAUGGCGGAGGUGCUGCGGCUGUCGCUGGAGACGUUUGGCGGUUCACUGCUGUCCACUAAGCUGCUGGCUGGCGGCGACAAGAUGGCGGACCACCUGCCGGAGGAGGGCGACGUGUUUUUGGUGGGCGUUUCAGCUGGGGAUGUUGGUGCGAUCGCGCGGCACGUGGCGUCAAACGACGGUGUGCGCGUGUUCGUCACUCUUUUCGAGUUUUCACUCCUGUACGCCGAAUUUGUUGCUGCGUUCCGUGACGGUGCGGGUGCGGACCGUGUUGUGUUUGCAACGAGCCUGCCGCACUGGAAUGACGACAAAACGACGUCGAUGACCGCCAUGAUUUUUAACGCGCUUGUGCCGGACGUCAAUCAACGGACGCCGCUGUCAAUGAUGGGCUUCGCCACCGGUCAGCUGCUGCUGGCCGUCCGCUCGCGCAUGGAGAAGGUGAGUGCUGAGCUGUUUGAAAACUUCUUUUUUUCCAACGUUGUCAUCAGAGUGGACGACAUGCUGUACGGAUCCUUCAUUGAUGGCGAUGCAUGCCCUGUUACUGAGAGCGGUGCUGAGUGCGGCAGGAACUACGGCGCGACGCAAAUUUCUGUGUGGCCGCUUGCCCGUGCGCUGAACCCCGCUGUGCCGGUGCUGUCCCAUGCCGUGACGCCGUCGAUGGAGUACCGGAGGCCCGUUGGGAGAAGACUGACGGCGCGGCAGCUGAUUGGCGUCAUCGUCGGCAGCGUUGCUGCUGCCCUGCUGCUUAUUGCCUUGAUUCUGUUUCUGCUGCACUUCUGCCGCGACUCACGUGACAACGCUAACGCACCGAAGGAGCGGACAGACCCCGUGACGCUUGUGUUCACUGACAUCGAGAGCAGCACAGCGCUGUGGGCUGCGUGCCCCGAGGUGAUGCCCGAUGCCGUGGCGACGCACCAUCGGCUGAUCCGCUCGCUGAUCACGAAGUACCGCUGCUACGAGGUGAAGACGAUCGGAGACUCGUUCAUGAUUGCGUGCAAGAGUGUGUUCGCCGCCGUGCAGCUUGUGCGGGAGCUGCAGCAGGUUUUCCUGCAGCACGACUGGGGGACGAGCGUGAUCGACGACGCGUACCACAAGUUCGAGGAGGGCCGUGCUGGGGAGGACGAGGAGUACGUGCCGCCGACCGCGCGCCUGGACGAUGCUGUGUACCGGCAGUGCUGGAACGGCCUGCGCGUGCGAGUCGGUGUGCACACCGGGCUGUGUGACAUCCGGCGCGACGAGGUGACGAAGGGAUACGACUACUACGGCGGGACGUCGAACAUGGCCGCGCGCACGGAGAGCGUUGGGAACGGCGGGCAGGUGCUGCUGACGCGUGCAGCGUACUUUGCGCUGAGCGCGGCUGAGCGUGAGCAGGUGGAGGUGACUGCGCUUGGCGGCGUGGCACUGCGUGGUGUGCCGGAGCCGGUGGAGAUGUACCAGCUGGACGCCGUGCCUGGACGCACCUUCGCCGCGCUGCGCCUUGACCGUGAGAUGCCUGAUCUUGACGACGGCAGUGAUUUCGAAGGUGAAGAUGUUUCUGUGUACAGCGCACGGACCGGCACCGCUCAAUCCGUCGUGUCCAUGUUGACGGUGGCAUAUGGUAUCUUUGCCGCCCGGCAGCGGCUGAAGGCGCUGAUGCCGCUUUGCGAGCGUUGGAACGUUCGGUUGCCGCGGAGGCCGAGCUUUGUGCAGGAUGAGGAGUACUGCCGUCUGGUGAUUGAUCGGCUGGCGGUAAAAAUGAGCAGCGUGAUGGAGCGGAAGGGCCAGUUGGGUAUUGACCAAAAUAUGUCGUUCACGCUGAGUGCGACCGCUCCUGGUGCGCAUGAUCCCGCCUCUGGCACGUGGGGGAGGAGGAGUGGGGGGCAGAGCCGUGGCAGGCACUCCAAUGUGACGGUGUCGCAAAGUAAUUCUGUCGAUUUGCAUAAUUUUACGGUGGAUGAACCGCGUUUUUCGACGGAUGAUUCGGUUUUCACUGUCCGUGCUCGUCGCUUCAGGUAA